CUGAAGUGUAGGGUCAGACCUACACGUUCCCACUGCCCAGUGGGAGCCGUAUUGGUCGUGUUGAAACGUGUAAGCCUUGACCUACACAUGAAGAUGAAGUCAUCCGUGCUCAGUGUGUUGACUAUUGUAAUGUGUGCGUUUUUCAGCACGGAAUUCAGUUUCGCCACAGAAACGAAAGAAAAUGUGACAGUCGCUUCUCCAAAACAGGGUCAAUGCCCGCGGGCGCUGCCGGACGAGGAACCGUCAAUCAGGGGCUGCACACGUGACCAGGACUGUCCCGGAGGGCACAAGUGUUGCGUGUUUGAUUGCGGGGCUGUUUGCGUUGCGCCUGCUUUCAGGAAGCCGGGAGUUUGCCCCCCCAGACACUGGGGGGUCGGGAUGUGCGCCGAGUUCUGCUCUGAGGACAACGACUGCCCCCACCAUGAGAAGUGCUGCUCCAAUGGAUGUGGACAUCAGUGCACGGCCCCGUACACAGGAUAGAGAUGCAGCAGCGGAGGUGAAAUGUUUUUUCCCACUCGCACAUUUUUUUGCGAGUGGGAAAGCGCACCCUGCCGGGAGGUUUCUAUAAGCGCCUGCCGGCACCAGAAGGGUGUAGCCUACAUACAGUACCUACCUACAUUUGUGCACAUUGAUUAGCAGGGGCAACAUGGAGAGAUUGAACAUAAUACAUUUAAUCUCUGAAUAACAUCACUGUUAUGUUUGACAUUGCUGCAAAAAUGCAUGUUAUGUUACGCAUGUUUACGACAUGCCAUGUUCUCAUGUACUCUUGAUGUGAGUCGCGCAUGCUUGAGUUAGUUGGUUGAAUAAAUGGAGAAGGAAGCUCCGACUAGA